AUGUAUGCUCCUACUUCCUUUACUUCACCACUCCUCCAUGAGCUUCUUGUGGAAUCCCACACAAGAAAGUUACUCUUCCAAGGUCCUAUUAAUCAUCAAUCAUUAACAACCUCUCAUGUUCUCACACACAACAAUUCAACAAACUUAUAUUUUGGUCUUAGCGAAACUGAUGCAAAUGUUGUGAUGAUACUUGCAGUUCUAUUAUGUGCUCUUAUUUGCUCACUUGCUUUAAACUCCAUCAUAAAGUGUGCCUUGAGGUUUUCAAACGUAGCCAUCAACAAUAAUGCUUCUUUGAGUUCGAGCAGCAACUCUUCACCUCAAUUGGUCAACAAAGGAAUCAAGAAGAAAGCUCUCAAAACAUUCCCAACAGUGAGUUAUUCAACUGAGCUGACAUUACCAGGUUUGGAUACGGAAUGUGUGAUAUGUCUCUCAGAAUUUACAGCAUUUCAAGUUGAGUUUCAUUCAGGAUGCAGAAAAGAACAGAAAAGGCUUGGUUUUAAUUUCCUUUUGAUGGUUUAA